GUGGCAUCAUAACCUAAAAGCCUCAGAUAAGGAUACCUAUCUGGAAGGGAAAAUGAAUGACACAUGCUCAAGAAUGAAUGAGAUCUUGGAUACCUACUACCUCACAACGUUUUACGCCAUUGAGUUCUUCUUGGGGUUGACAGGGAAUCUCAUUGUGAUAAGUGGCUACGUAUUCUGCCUGAAGGAAUGGAAAUGCAGUAACAUUUACCUCUUUAAUCUUGCCAUUUCGGAUUUGGUCUUUAUCUGUACCCUUCCAAUGUUUGUGGCCUAUUAUGCUAAUGGAAAAAUAUGGAUAUUUGGUGAUUUCCUUUGCAAGCUAAAUAGAUACAUUCUCUACACCAACAUGUACGUAAGCAUGCUGUUCCUUGCCUGCAUCAGCAUUGAUCGAUAUUUGCUGGUGAGCAACCCAAUGAGGAUCCAUAUCUUUCAGAAGAAAAAGGUUGCUGUUAGCAUCUGUGUCUGUUUGUGGAUUUUUGUCACCUUGGAAGUGCUCCCCACAUUAACGUUCAUCGGUGCAACAGCCCAUGACAAUAAUACUGUCAUUAAGUGUGUUGACUAUGCAAGUGCUGGGAGUGCUGUCCACAAUCUGAUAUACAACGUGUGCCUCACUGUUGUCGGAUUCGUGCUCCCAAUGUCCAUUAUGGGAGUCUUCUGCAUCAAAACUGCACACAUGUUAAAGAAACUGAAUAAUUACCAACCUCGAGGUGUCACUCUUGAAAAGCCCCUCACGUUAGUUAUAUUGGCAAUUGUAAUGUUUUCUGUGUUCUUCACUCCUUAUCAUGUCAUGCGGAAUAUCCGCAUGGUGUCUAGAUUGGAAGAUGUUAGUCUUUCACAUUGCACUGUUGAGAUCAUAAAGGCUGCGUACACUAUCUCAAGGCCUAUUGCUUUCCUAAGCAUUAUCACGAACUCUGUUUUCUACUUCCUUUCUGGAGAUAAAUUCAGGGAAAUAGUUAUGAACAACAUUAGGAAUGCACUGCCAUUCCUUGGUGCAUUGGCCCAUCCGAUCAAGGUUCUGUUGUGCUCUGAGAUAAUCUUCUUCAUUAUCUACAAUACCGUCUAUUUUGAUGUCAUCAGCAAAGGCCUGCAACAGAAACCUGAGCACAAGACACAGGGAGACACCAACAUAACACUGUUCGAGGUGCAGCCAUUUGAAGGAGAUAUUGAACUCAGGAAACCCCUGCCUUCUCAGAUUUGUAUCUCGGACCUUCCUCUUAAGACGGCACCAUGUGUUGGUGACAUGCUCAGGGACAUAGUCCAGGAAGAGAUUUUGCAGUGGUACUCUAAAAUGUGA